AUGGCGUCGAAGGCUAUGCCAAUUGCAACCGUUCUAUUGAGAAUUUUCACUAUUUUAUUCGCAGCUGGAUGUGUGGUGGUUCUGAUCCUAGACAAGACUACAGACGUUGAUGGCAGCAAAGUAACAUUCAAGAAUGUCAUUGCCUACAGGUAUGUGCUGGCCACCGCUGUUGUUGGAGCGGCCUAUUCCAUUUUGCAGUUACCUUUCGCUAUAUAUUAUGCUUGCACUGAAAAGAGGCUCAUUCGCGGUGGUUUCUUGCCAGCCUUUGAUUUUUAUGGGGACAAGGUGAUGGCCUUUCUUCUGGCCACGGGUGUCGGUGCUGGUUUCUUGGUCACUGUGGAGCUGAAAGAAUUUCUGGGUGAUUUGUUCAACGAAUUUGGGGCAGAUUUGAAAGAUUCUCCGUUUGAAAGUUUCUUCAACAAGGGAUAUCUGGCGGUGAGUCUUCUGGCAGGAGCAUUCUUAUGCAUGGCUGUUCUUUCAGUUUUUUCCUCUCUCCAGCGAACCACCAUCAGCGGCAGAGGUUUCUUCCGAUGAGAUUUUAUCAAA